CAUGUGAUUACAUGUAUAAUGCACAGCUUCAUGUAGUGCUAAAUCAUUUUUACAUUUUUUUCCCACCGUUUUAAAAAGAAUGUGCCAACACGGGGCAUGAAAUACAGAAUCUUGACUGAUUAGAGUCAGCCUUUUCUCUUGGGGUGUACCAAAUAAGCAUCAUUCAUCAAUGAAAAAAAGGCAGUAUGGAUCAGAGAUAUAUGGAUAUACAUGUAGGUUAUUGACCAAGUGUGUGGUCAAGAUGGCUGGAUAUUGGUCAAGUUCUUUUUUUGCAUGUUUGUGGACUGAGACGGAGUUGAGGUCCAUGAGGCAGCAAAAUAAGAAUGAGGCAAAUAUCAAGCCAUCUUGACCGAACAAGCUCAGUCAAUAAAGGAUUUAUUAUAUAGCUUUCAUGGAAAUUUUUCUUGCAGGACAUGGCGGGUAGUCCCAGGCACGCAGGAUUGAGCUUCAUCUUGCCCACUCAGAACGUUUGAAGAGAUGUACAUCUACACCUUGCAUUCAAGCAGUACUUUCCGAGGCAGAAAUUUCUGAGACGUACAUUGUGGACUGUCCUAACACUGAAAAUGCCGGGAUUUUAAUGGUUACUCAUGACAGUAAUCCAAACAGCACACAUGGCGCACAUCAGUAUCUUGAGGCAGAUGCUGGUGAUAGGGUCUCGCAGUCCAGCUAUGAAAAUAGCAGACACAAUAAUAUGACUGAUAUUCUAGAGGCAGUUCAAAGGCUUCGAUUGAAUGAGUCUUGUCAGGGUUGUGCCACAGAACCGACACCCACAGAGGUGAAGAAAAUUGGUUACCGACACCCACCACCUUAUCCUGAACAAGUGGAGCAAACUAUGCCAAGCCCCUUGGAUAAGUAUCGGCAUCCACCACCCUACAGAGAGCCUGUAGAUACCAUGUCCACUUUUGAUGGGCAAAGUUUCUAUGCCCAUAGAGGAAACAUGGCUAAUGACUAUAGCUCCUUUUAUGACCUUGAGGAAUUAAACUACAGACACCCUCCAUCUUACGGACAUUUCAGGGCUCUUCCAGGGUCUUCCAGUGAUAAUUUUUCUCUGGACAACAGAGCAGUUAAUGGACCUCAAAAUAUGAAAGUGGACAAGAAAGUGAAGAGCAAUUCCAAUUUGAACCCAAAUGGGUAUAACUAUCCACCACAUGUGCCAAAGAAUGUAUCAGAUGUUUAUGGUAGCAAAGGACUUUACAGUGCAUAUGGUUCCAAGCCAUUUUCCAGUGUACAGGACUCCUUCAGUUAUGAUCUGCCCUACGGUGAUCCCUAUAUUUCGGAAGCUGGUUCACAUAGAUUUGGAUUUUACACAGAUCAAGGCACAUCCAGUAACAAUCAGUUUAGCGAUAGUGGGAGUGAUGUGUUUACUUCCUAUGCAGAAAAUCCUUGCCCUUCCAAUUCGGGUGGAAGCCAGUCAGUCUAUACACCUCAGACACAAUCUAUGGCUAAACCACAAGGAUCUGUUGCCAUGCAGCAAGCAGGGUUAGGUGAUCAGAAAUUCUUUACUUCUGGAAACAUGAAUGAGAAAAGGAAUUUAGUGUUUAAUGGUGUUCACUUGAAUCAAUUGGACCUCUCUCUUCCUCCUGGAUUUGAAGUGGCAUGGACUCCAGAUGGGAGAAAAUAUUACAUAGAGUAAGUUAACAGACUGCUGGGGUCUAAGUUAGGAAAGCCCAUCAAGGGCAGAAACAGAUGGAGAAGUUUGGUUGAAGUGACCAGGACAAAGUAGUUGUGAGACUGCCCAAAGUGUAAUUUGUCCAAUGUACUCUCCUCAUAUUCCC